CACUGAGUAACUAUACUCUUAGCUUUCCAUUCCAUUUUCAAAUUCUAAAUUUGGUCCACUAUUGGUAGAGAUACACCCAUUCCAUGCACUCCAUUAUCAUAUAAUAUCAUAUAAUCCAUUAUAUAAAUUCAGUAGUAUGACACUUCUACUACGAAUAAGACCUUUAGUCAAAAUAAGGCGACAUCCAUAUAUUCAAUUACCACUCAUACGACAUACCUCCACCAAAUUCUUUUUAGAAAAUGACUCCAUAGAUCACAAUACUUACCCCAAUACUCAGUAUGUUCAACCACAAGAUGAGCAACAAAUCAUACUUAAGAAUAUUAUGACAUCUCGAAAGCCAGUACUAAAUCCUCGAGGAUUAUAUGAUAGAAUAACUGAUAGAACAUCCAGAAAGUUUAAUACUUUGAAUUAUGAAGAUUUUAAUCGAGAAACCAUUGGUUCAUUCGAUGAGAUCUGUAGAAUUAAUAAUAAUACUUGUCCCACGAUAGGUUCAAUAGUUGAAUAUAUAGAUGAACCAAAUAAUACUGUAUCCAUAGGGAUAGUAUUACGGGAAGCACAAUCGAAGUUUAAUGAGAAUUAUAAUAAGCUUGUGGUGCUUAGUGUUGAUAAUAUUAUAGAAUCAGUAGCUCCAUCAUCAGUUACAUUUCAUUUAAAUCAAGUAUUAAAAUCAGAUUAUGUUGAAUCAUUUAAAAUCUUAGAAAAUAGAUUCGAUGCUCUAUAUAAGGGUAGAUCAGAAAUAAUUAGUAUACUUAAGGAAUUUAUAAGUUCCAGUUUACAAAUGAGUCAAGAACUUAAUCCACAAUUAGAAAUAUUUUAUGCUCAAUAUUCAUCACAAUAUACUAUUAAUUCCAUAUCAUUAAUUGACUUUAUUGAAUCUUUAAGACUUUCUGAAUCAUUAAUAGUUAAAAUCCAUCAAUCCUACUUUCAUCAAUGUGUUUUAUUAAUGAGUUUACAUAUACUUAUGGUUAAUUCUCCUAAUUUUAUGGUCCCAUCUUUUAAUGUAUUCAACAGACAGUCUAAUAUUAUUCAUCAGUUUUCAAAUCAAUUACCAAAGGGUUCAGAUUAUUUUGUUAAUUCCGAAUAUAAUUGUUUGGUUAUAGAUAAGUUCCUUAACAAUUGUUCAAAUCCUGAAGAAUUUGUUAAAUGUAAUAGUUUCUUAACUAAACUAUUAAAAGAUCAAGUCGGAGAUAAAGCAAAAUCUCUUGAUGAUAUCAAUUUAUAUUUCAAUAUUUGGGAAGGUAGACAUUAUAAAUAUAUUAUAGAUGUUUUAAAAUUUUUAAUUAUUCAUCCUCAACCAUCACUAAUGACUAUGGUUGAAGGAUUUGAUGUAUUUAAGAAUCAAUUACCAUUAUCACCAGCUAAAAUAUAUCAAUUUCUUCAUGAUUUACAUGUAUAUGAUAAUGGAACCAAAUCUAUAGAAACAGCUACUGCUACUGCUACUAAUCCAUUACUUUCUGCUAAUGUAUUAGGUAAACAUAAUCAUAAUGCAUUAUCCAUAACUUCUAUGAGACAAUUAAUGUCAUCAUCAUCAAUUCCAACUACUAACCUUAGUGAUUAUUUCACUCAUUUACGUAAUCAGAAGUCGUAUUAUACAGACCAUAUAAUCUAUGGAUUACCAAUAAAAUUAAAUAAUGGUGGUUCAACAAUAUUAAAGGAAUCAGUAUUGGCUAUAUCAAUAGAGAAGAUUAAUUCUAGAAAGUAUUCUAUUAAUAUUCAUAUUCCUGAUAUUGUAACUAAAAUAUCACCUAAUAGUAAUAUUAUAAAGCAUAUAACAUCAAAUAGUCUGAAUAUGAAAUCUUUGAAGAAUAACUUGUCCAGUAUAUUUGGAUCACUAGAUUGGAAUGGGUUAAAGUUUAAUAAUCAAAACAUUGAUCAUACAGUAUCUGGGGAUGAAUAUUCAUAUUCCAAUGCUAGUGAUAUAUUUACUCGUAGUACUAGAGCUAUGGAUAGGUUAAACAAUAUAAACAAAGUUCCAACUACUUGUUUAACUAUAUCAUUUGAAUAUAAUACCUUUCAUUCUAAUCCAUUUUCCAAUUUAGAAGAGAAAAUUAGCUUUUCAUUUGAUUCAUUAGCAUUAAAUUGUAUUAAGAAUAUCCCUGCAAAUGAUUUAGAAGAUUGUUUAUCAGGUAAAGCCGAUUCUUCAUCUCCAUUUAGAUUAUUUACCAGACCAUUUAGACAAUCAUCUAAUCCUGAGAAACCAAAAUUAUUAUCAAAAGAAGAUAUUCAUAAUGUUUGUUUUAUAUUUAAUAUAAUGAAGAGACAUUUUAAAUUUAGAAAUCAUGAAGGUGCAUCAUCUAUUGUUACUGGUGGUGGUAAUGAAGAAUUCCCUAAAAGUGAAUUUUUUAUUAAUGAAAUUGAAAAAUUUGUGGGCAAUUUAACGGCUACUUAUUGUCAAUAUCAUCAAGUCCCCAUUAUAACUCAUCAACAAAGUAUUAUACUUGAUCAAGAUAAUCAAGUAUUAAAUUCAAAAUUAGGAGGAGGAGAAGAUGAUAAUGCCCUAGUAUCUCAUAAUAAUACUUUUUUACCUAGUUUUCUUGCUGAUACUUAUUAUCAAACAUUAAUUUCAAGAGAUGAAUUAGGUCAUGUAUCAUUACUGGCAAAUAUUAUUGGUAGUAAUUAUUUACUGAGAUCUCAAUUUGUAGUUAAUUCAGGUAAAAAUCUGAGAAAUGUUCCCCUAGGUAUGAAGAAUGGGUAUGUUAAACUUUGUAAUGUAUUUGAAGAUUUUGAAGUAUUUAUUAAUCAAUUACAAAUUCUUAAUUAUAUUCAAUCUCAUGCUAGUACUGCCUUUAUGAAUAAAUCUUCUGAUCGUUUAAAUCAUAUAGAAUUCAUUAAUAAGUUCAGUUAUUUAAAGGGAUUAGGAUAUAAUUUGAAUGGGACUAUGGAACCUCUGGUUCUAAACAUUCAAAUUAAGAAAUUAUCAUUAGCUCAAACUUGGUCAAAUUAUAUAAAUCAUCAUUUGAAUUCCUUUGCAACUCUUAAACGUCUUGAGUAUGGUUUAUUACAUACCAAUGAAUUACUGGAAACUACUCCUACUUAUGAGUGUGUGAUAACAUAUCCUGGAUAUAGAAUUAAUGAUAUUAAUGCUCGAUUAGUUCGAGGUUUCUGUAAAGAAUUAGGUUUAGAAGUUGAAAUAGUUAUAUCUGAAACUAGUAAUCUGUCCAUUGGUUCGCUUGUCAUGUGUGACAAAGUCAUGUAUUUAGACCCAGUAGGAGGUCAAUGUAUAUUACGACAAGUAGAAACGUUUUAAUGACACUAUAUAGAUCUAUAGACUUACUGUAUGUAUAUAGAUAGAUAGAUAGAUAGAUAUAUCUAUAGACUCAUAAUUGCAGCAUACUUAUUUGCAACAUCUCGAGUUAGCUGCGGCGACAAAGUCGUGUACACGACAUAAUAUGUAUAUAUAUAUAAUAUUUAACCGCUAAUAUCGC